GGGCGCAGAGGUUGUGGCACGGAGGAAUAGUUUGAAACAUUUUUUAUGUCAACAGACUUCCGAUGCCGUUGGAAAACGUUGGAAAUCUGUAUGCUGUGUUUCUCGUUAUAGUCGUUAUCAAGAGUAGUGUUAUAAAAGCAACAUUCACGACUGCGGAAAAAACGGAAAACGGUAACAGCUCGUUGUGCUGCUACCUCAAUUGGGCUGUACAAAUAUAGCUCACACGAUGAAGAAGGUUGAAGCAUUUUAUCGGGAAUCAUCAGUCAGAACUUUCAACUCUCCUGCAGGUAGUAGGAUUGUGCAAAUAUCUUCAAAUCAUACCUAUGAUCAUGUUAGUCUCGACGUAACCCAGUGCGAUGCUGACCAGCAGACACUGGAUGAUCUUGUAGACAAACUAUCUAAGCUGAAAAUCAAUGUCAAUAGACAACCUUCCAUCAUUUUGGCAGGAAAUUCCCCAAGAGAAAGCGAGUUUCAAAGAUCUAUAGAUUCUUUUAAUGACUCAAGACAUUCUACCAUUCUGGCUGGUCGAUUGGAUAACUUAGAUUCAGAACAGGAUUCUCAAAAUGUCACUGUUUAUUCAGAAAAAGCAAUGAAUGAGUCAUUGGACCACAACAAAGGAAUCCUUGAAAUAUCUCUACAAACUGAUGAUAAGGAUAUUAACGUUGGAUUGCAUAGUUCAGAAUUAUUGUACCAUGCAGAUGGUCACGAAAUUCAUAGAAAAGAUUCUCUGAAACCAUCUAUUCCACAACCUCAGCAAAAUGUAACUUAUCAAGAAGCUUAUCAAACAGAUCAGACAUUGAAAAUACUUUUUCAACAAUUUUUGAAGGCUCCAAAAAAUUUCACGGAACAAUUAGUGACUACAUUUGAAGAAUUUGUGCUGCAGCCAACUCUUGAAAAAACAAAUACGGCUGAUUUUAGUGUGAACGGAGUAGGUGAGAAAUUUGAAAAAAUUUGCGAGCAAUAUUGUGAAAAAAUCGAUGACGAAACAAUGCCUGACUUUGGUGUAACUUAUUUGCACUUCUUCUCUCUUGUGGCCGAUGACAAUUUUGGCAAGUCAACUUCAGACAGUGCAGAUACUACGUGUAGAAGAGAAAUAUCCUCACUGCUGCAGAAUUUCACCAAACCAAAAUCUACAAACCGCAUAAAUGAAGCCCACAGAAGUAGGUUGCAAUUAUCUCCAGGUACAGCUGCUGAUAAACAUUUUGACACCACUUGUGGUUUUGAAACCCUAGAGAAAUUAUGUCGUUCUAUUUCACCUACCAAACAAAAAAAAUGUAACUUGCUGCACAUUGAAAGUUCCUGCACAGCCAGCUGCAAAAAACUACUUCAGAAACAAAAUGAUCAAAUGGCUGCUCGACGUAACAGCGUGCAUCUUAUUGAGGAUGUUGGAGAACAUGCUCCCCAGAAUAAAAAUACACCAAUUAUAUUGCUCAAGGGAAAAAAUGCUACUGAAAAGUUUGUUAAGGAUUUAACAUCACCUAUACCAGAUGAAAAUUCAAGGACAAAAAUAAAAAUCAAUCAGGAAAAUAGCUGCAAAAAGCCUUAUGCAGAUGAAAUUAGAGAAAUUUUGAAUGCACGUCUAGUAGAAAAGCGAAAGAAGUGUUUCGAAGCCACUACCAAGGGAUAUGAAACACGGAAGAGCCCAACUAUAAGUAAAACUUCUGGAUCCUCAUCAAAAGUAAUGGAUAAAAAUAACAUUUCUACUACUUCUAGUGACAACCGGAUAUUUUUAAACACGAUGUCUGCUUGUAUGGAUUACUUCCAGGAUCUACAAGCUUUUCGUAGCCAUAGAAAUUCAUUGGAAUGUAUUUCUGAAAGUACCAGAGAAAUAGAGUCAAUGAAAAAUAGCAUGUUUGAUUUGAAAUCAGUCGAAAUUGUCGAGACAUUUCUUGUGCCAGCCCAGAACUGUGCCCAGUAUCAAUUAAAUUUUGAACAACCAUCUACAACUUCUACACCAGAUUCAGGUGCGGAAAAAACAAAUUAUAUUGCUGAAACUUAUAUAUCUUUGCCUGGCAAUACACAGAAUACUACGGCUCACACUGGAAUUGAAACUUCACAGAGAAACAAUACUCGAUCCUCAACUCGCAAGGCUUCUUCAACUACUCGGGCUAAACAUUUAUCGCACAAGAAAAAUAAGAUUCUCGGUAAUAAAGAUGUUCAGCCGUGUUUGCAUUCAAAUGUAUCGCGAACCCCACUUGCAAUGCUUCAUGCAUCAAACGCUAGCUCAAAUUUAGAAAAUGAUUCGCUUAACUACAUAGAUGUAAGAUAUCCUGAUAAACUCUUAAAUACACCACCAAUUAUUACAAUUACCAAUACGUCAUCGUCACGUGAUUCGCCGCAUAAAUGGAAUCGACUGAAUAACCUGCAGGAUAAAACCGCGUUGAUAGAUUGUAAAAAAAAACUAAGUUAUUCCAAUAAUGCUACACCGAAGUCGCGGAGGAAAAAAAAAUAUUUUUGGACUGCUGGCGAAACACCGACUGUCGGAAAAAUGUGGCAAAAGAAACGAUUUUUUGAUUCUCCAAAAUAAACGAAUUACAUCAGAAUGUUCGGAAAUUAUUUACUUUCAUUAACAGAUCAUAAAUGCCGAUAUUAAGAAUGCUAAACCUUUUGCGCUGGUCGCAGAAGAGAAGUUUUUUUUUUUCAAAUCUCUGAGAUCGCAUGCUAAUCAAAUACUUCCAUGAAUGUAAUGAACUAUUUUGAUAGAUCAUAGUUUGAUACUCCGUUGAUAAUUGAUUUUGUCUAUCAAUGAGCUAUGAUUCUUAGACUGUAAAAAUAUACUUGUUAUUGUCGUAUUUAUUAGUUGUAUUCUUGAUGAUAAAAAUCGGUAACUCAAUUAAUGUGCGAGCAUAAGAUAUAAUUAUGAUAAGAAAUGUAUGGCUAAUAAUUUGACAGUAGUUUGAAAAAGCUCUGUGCCAGGGCUUAAUUAUUGAUAAUCGUGCCAUGAAAUGUGUAAAAAAUCAUAAUUCCUGUAAAUAUUUACGUGAAAAGAAUUUAAUAAAGACAUUUUCCAACUUA